AGUGAGUAAAACAGCUGUUGGCUAUUUAGAGAGAAAGAAGGAGGUUGUCUCGGUUGGCGGCUAGCUUAAAAAAAAAAAGGCAGAAAAACGCGUUGACAGGAUGGACUCGGUUCGUAGUGGAAACAUUUGUAGGCGCUUCAUAAAUGGCUCUUGCAGAUUUGGCCGAAGGUGCAAGUACAGACAUGAGUUCACCCCUAUACCUGCAUCCCAGAUAUGUCGGUACUUUCAGAAAGGUGGCUGCUGGUAUGGUGAACGGUGCAGGUUCUUUCAUGUCCUUCUGCCUCAAGUUGGACCAGUGUUUCCAGGAAGAAGGGGUUCAGUGCCUGUAGCCUCCCCCUCUGGUAUGCCCCACUACUCUGAAAGAAGAGGGUCAGAACCAUCUCUUUGGCGCUUUAAUGUCCCAUCCAGGCACAGAUGCAGUGGAUCACAGUCAGCAAUUUAUCCCUUCAAUCUUCAGCAAGAAACUGGGAAUCUGCCAGAAUAUGUUUUGGAGGAACUGUCACAAGAAAAUUAUUUGGAGUCAGCCCCAAGUUCAGGAAUUGCUGAAGCAAGUGCAUGGCAGGGAAGAUAUGAGAGAGCCUCUAAAUCCGAAACAUGUGAAGAUGGAGCUGCAGCAGCUUGCAAUGAAAAAAGUGAAGAAACUUUGGCUUUCCUGCAGAGCAAAAAUGUGGUCUGUGGGAUCUGUAUGGACAAAGUCUAUGAAAAGGAGAAUCAGAGAGACCGGGUCUUUGGGAUUUUGCCAAACUGCAAUCAUCCCUUUUGUUUAGACUGCAUCGCAACCUGGAGGAAAACAAAAGACAUCGGACUUGAUGUCGUAAGGGCUUGUCCUCAGUGUCGAGUCAGGUCUGCUUUUUAUGUGCCAAAUAAAUACUGGGUGGAAGGUCAAGAGAAGGAAACUGUAAUUGGUGCUUUCAAGAAAAAAUUUGGUAAGAAGAGAUGCUGCUUCUAUGACCGAUAUGGAUGCUGUCCCUUCAAAAAGGAGUGUCUCUAUCGGCAUGUUGGAGAUUCUUCUAACAGUCCAGUGUUUUCAUACCUCUCAGAGGAAGAGGAUGACAAUUUUACUGAUCUGCUUGGUUUUUUCAUAAGCAUGAGCCUUCUUGGUGGUGAAGAAGCGGACGAAGAACUUCUCUUUUGCCUCACUGAAGAUUACGGGUUUUAAGCAUUUUUUUUCUUUUUUUUUUUUUCUUGGUAGUCUAAAAUACAGAGUCAAUCCACCU